AUGGACAAGGCUUCAUACGAUUUUUCUACAGGCGGCGUCACUAUAGCCUUCAGCACCAUCAUUCUACAGUACGUGCUGAAGCUGAUUCUCGCCGCCCGGUUCACCGUGAGAGCGCAGCGGGUCAACGGCUACAUCUUUGGCGCGGCGUGGUGGGGCUUUGCGCUGAAUUUCAUCGCGUACAUGAUUGCUGCACAUGUCUUCGGGUCCCUCUGGUACCUGCUGGCGUCUGAGCGAGUAGCCACAUGCUUCCAGACGCUGUGCCAGCAGGUCCCCACGUCUGUCUGCAACCCUAAUUUCGUCACGUGCCCCGAUGCAAGUGAGACAACAGACGCCGACGUGAGCCCUGCGUGGGCGGCGUGGGGCAACAACUCUACUCUCGAGACAACGUGCUUCGAGGGGGACGGCACGUUCAACUUUGGCAUCUACCACAUGGCGCUGCAACUCAUGAAGGAUGGCUCUGCCAUUGCCAAGAUAUUCUAUGGUCUCUUCUUCGGCAUCAUGACGCUAAGCUCCUUUGGCAACGCCCUGGUCCCCAGCACUAACUUUGUGGAAACCACCUUUGCGGUCAUCAUGGUGCUGUCGGGUCUCAUGCUCUUCACCCUGCUCAUUGGGAACAUUCAGGUAUUUCUUCACAGCAUCACAUCGCGAAUGGAGGAGAUGCAGCUGCGAAGGCAAGACCUCACCUGGUGGAUGAACCGUCACCAGUUGCCACCUGCCCUGCAGCGGCGCGUGCUGAGGCAGGAGCAGCAGAACUUCACCGCGACGAGGGGGAUCGAUGAGGAGGGGCUCAUUCGCAGCAUGCCCAAGAGUUUGCGGAGGGAUAUCAAACGGCAUUUAUGUCUUGACCUGGUGAAGCAGGUGCCGCUGUUUCAAGUGGUGGACUCUGCAGCUCUAGAUGCUAUAUGUGAGCGGCUCAAGCCACUCAUUCUCAUUCAUGGCACGGAGAUUGUGCGGCAGGGAGAGCCCGUGUGCAUGAUGCUGUUUCUCAUCCGAGGCACCAUCCGCAGCACACAUACCAUGAGCCAUGGCUCUUCCAGCUCCUGUCUCAUCCGGGAUGGCUAUUUCUGUGGAGAGGAGCUGCUCUCAUGGGGGCUAGGCCACUCCCCGGACACCAACCAGCUGCCCUCCGCUACAGCCACGCUCACCACAGUCACGGCGGUCGAGGGGUUUGUGCUGGAAGCUGAAGACCUGCUGUUUGUGACAACGCACUUCAAGUUCAACUGGAAGAGCCAGCGCAUUCAGCGGUGGGUGCGCUACUACUCGCCACACUGGCGCACGUGGGCGGCUCUCACCAUCCAGAUCUCGUGGCGCCGCCACGUGGCACAGCAGCACGCCACGUCACUGCAACGGUCGCUCGAUGCUCAUGCUGACGUGGAUGUGCGCGGUGGCCAGCUCACCACUGAUACUCCCUCGGGCGCUCCUCCCGCAUCUGCUGCCACUGCCCCUGCCCCUGUCCCUGUCCCUGCCACUGCCACUGCCACUUCCAUUGACACUCCCACCACUACCCCUAUCAGUAGCACAGCCCCUUAG